ACGAUGAUCAGUUACACACACGUUGGGGGAUUGGAAGACAGCAUACCAUAACUGUUGUAGUAGGUUGAGGUGAUUUAAUUAAAAUGGAGAGCGACGUGGAAGAAGAGUCUAUCAGAAAGAGGCUCAGAAAAAACCCUUUCUCCUCCGAUUUCUCCUCUCGCAAGCAUUUUGAACAGUAUGCUGGACGGCCGUAUGCAGUAAUGGGGGAAGUGAGUUUUAUGCAUGAUGAUGAUAGUCGGUUGGAGAUUACACGAGCCAGAUUUGGAAGUUUGCUUAAAAGACAUGGAGAUUUGGCAGAGCGCGUCUCUAGGGAUUCUGACAAGAUAAUAUUUGAGCGUCUACAGAAAGAAUUUGAAUCUGCACGAGCUUCUCAAACUGAAGAGAUAUAUUUAGACGGGGAACAGUGGAAUGAUGGUCUACUAGCUACAAUAAGAGAGCGGGUGCAUAUGGAAGCAGACAGAAAAACAAUGUCUGGGGAUGCUGACAUAUUAGCAGGCCCUCAGGAAAAAAUUACUUAUAAAAUUGGAAACAAGGUAAUUUGCUGUUUGGAAGGUGCAAGAAUUGGCAUACAGUAUGAGACAUCUUUUGCUGGUGAACCUUGUGAGUUUUACCACUGUGUGCUGGAGAGCAAGUCAUUUCUUGAAAAGAUGUCUGUCCUUGAGCACACAGUUCCAUUUUUCUUGCCAAUACGUGAGACAGAAAAUGAUCUCCUUUCAUCCAAUGCAAUGAAAUUCAUAGACCAUGUUGGAGAUUUAUUGCAGUCAUAUGUGGAUAGACGGGAACAGGUCAGACUUAUAAAGGAACUAUAUGGAAAUCAAAUUGGAGAGCUGUAUCAUAGCCUUCCUUAUCACAUGAUUGAAUUUGUGUUGGACGAUUUUGAUUGCAAAGUGACAGUCAGCCUUCGAUACGCAGAUCUCAUUUCAGUCCUUCCAACUCGAAUCACAGUAUUAGCCUGGCCGAUGUCGAAGAAAAAUUCUACUGCAACUUUGAACCGAAAGGAAGAUGCAAUAUCAGAAAGUCAUCCUGCUCCAGUUCGACUAUCCUAUGCAGAAGAUGCCCUACGGACCAUGAGUCUACCAGAAGCAUAUGCAGAGAUUGUAUUAAAUCUUCCACAAGCGCUUCAGCAGAUAUAUCAUCAAAGAAGCUAGAGCAUCGCCCUUUCAGCAGUCUAAAUUCACUUGUAAAAAUUCUUGGUAGAAUGUUAUUAAGUUUUAGAUAAAAAUAACUCUAGAAGUUGUAUUACCUAGCGAAAUUGGUUAUAGGUUGAGGUUUAAUUUUUCUGUACUAUAUUCCUUCAAUACCCUCAGGUGUCUUGUAUCAUUAGUACAACAGGGAUAGGUUGACUUCUAUUGAGACUGUUAUAAUUCAUCUCUCCUUCACAAUUCUUGUUAGAUGUAAUUUGGUUGCAUA